UUUCACUUUUGUCAAUGUUGUCAAUGCGGUAAUUUUGGAGUUAUUGGAAAAUACAAAAUGAGGGAAGACAGACCGGACAACAUGGUACCAUGGGUCGGAGAGGAAGCGCCUCGGAAUUUCAUGCCCAACAAACCCUUAAUGCUGGAUAAAGCGACAGAUACAUCGUUGGAUGAAGAAUCUUUCAAAUUGGUGCCUUGCACCUGUCGGAUAGGAGAUGUAGAUUCAGACACAUCAUGCAUAUCCCAAACGACUGCUAUAAGCUACAAGACGAGUUCAAUCCUACGUGAAUGUUUUUGUUCCAAAGAAAGAGGUAAGACCUUGCUGGAUGCCGUCUUCACCGCUAACUUCGAUCUUUUGGAAAUCUGUCUCGACCACAACGUUGACGUGAAUUAUUCUGACGAAAGCGGCGAUACUGUUUUGCACAUGGUCAGCGAUAGGGGCGACUUGGAAAUGCUUUCCUUCCUCUUGACCCUGAAAAACAUCAACAUCAACGCACAGAAUCAAUUAGGACUGACGCCCCUUUCCGUAGCCAUCAUGAGUGCCCGCGAUGAAGCAGCAGAAUUCUUGCUGGAUCGUGGAGCGGACCCCAACAUUCCCGACAUCAAGGGUAGGACGCCAAUAUGUUUUAGCGUACACCUUGGGAACGAGACAAUCACCAAGAUGCUGAUAGACCAUCAUGCAGAUGUAAAUAUAGAGGACGCUUUUGGAAAUACUCCCAUUCAAGAGGCUCUUUCGGGCAAGCCUACGAUCACGAUGGUUAAGGUACUUUUAUCCAGUGGGGCGAAUCCUUUGCAGAAGACCAACACUCUGAAUCCAUUUUUGGAUUCUUUUGCAGAGACGGUUCUUGAUUGUACAAACUACGAAAAACUGGAAUUGGUCAAGGUUCUGGUGGAGUCUGGUGUAGACGUGGACAUCCUAGAACCUAAAUCCAACAGAAAUUGUCUCCACUUGGCUGGUAUCAAUGGAUUUCUACCACUAGCCGAGUAUUUAGUGAAAUCCGGAGCAGAUCUCGAACAGCUGGAUAUGUCAGGUAGAUCACCUGAUCGGGUAGCCCUAGAGCACGAUAAUUUAGCUGUAGCCGAUUUUUUCUUGAAAGCCAAAUGUUUGAGGCGUAUCUUCUUCAAGGAGAGAGUGAAGGACAUGUCGAAGAGCUUGAGAAAACUGACGAUGGCGGCCAUGUUUUCGAGUAGUACAAAGUUGAUGAGAAGUGAUCAUUCAAAUUUAUAAAUGUUUUUUAGCGGUUUAUGUGAAUAGAGUGUAAGCAGUGAUUGUAUUUUUAUUGUAGCAAAAGUUAAAGAAUAAAAUUAUUUUGAACGGC